GGAAAGAUGGACCAAUUGCCAAGCUAAGUUGUAACCAAAUAUAGUGUCUCUACAAAUUCAUUCGCCACAGUUCAUCUUGCCAAACUUGAAACCCAACAGGCAAAGAGAGAAAGCAGAGGAAUUUGAGCACUGGUGGAGUCAGAGUUCCAUCAAUUUCUUCUAGCUUUUCCUACAAACUAAAGAAGAAAACCUACAUAAAUAUGGGAAGGGGCAAGAUAACUAUUUCGAGGAUAGAAAACCGAACCACAAGGCAAGUGACUUUUGCGAAACGGCGGGCAGGGCUGAUCAAGAAGACUCAUGAGCUUUCUGUGCUAUGUGAUGCCCAGAUCGGCCUUGUCAUUUUCUCAAGCACUGGCAAGAUGUUUCAGUACUGCAGUGAGUCAUCAAGCAUGGAGGAGCUUAUUCAAAGAUACCAGGUUACAAAAGGGAUUCGAGUACCGCAACACAACGACACGGAAUAUAUGAAUGCUGAGUUGAGAAAAAUGAGGAGAGAAACUCAGCAUCUGGAAUUGAGUUUGCAACGCUACACGGGCGAGGAUUUACGCUGCGUUCGAUUUGAUGAUCUGGUGGAGCUUGAACACCAGCUGGAGGAGUCUGUUAACAGGGUUCGAGCUAGGAAGUUUGAGGUCUUGCAACAGCAGACAGACAAUCUUCUUGCAACGACCAAAAGACUGGAGGAAGAAAAUGAGCAACUAUUCCAUCUGAUUAAGGCGCAUCAGGCUGCAGCAUUUGGUCAUGAUCAGGCGCAUCUUGAGGCUCAUGAGCAGGUGGAGAAUCUGGAGAUGCUGCCGAAAUCUGAAGAGCAUCGACAUGUGCUCGAUCAAUUCCCAUUUGGAGGUGAAGAACAACCAAGUAGUGUGCUUCAGCUUGCUACUUUGCAGCCUCAGCCGCAGUUCAACCCUUACCCUCACCAGCCUGAUCAUCAUCAUCCUGGCCUUCUCGAUUUCAAUCUGAGCGGCCCUUCUAUGUACGAGUAACAGUUUAUGAGAAGGGAAGCUAGCUCUGGCAUGCGUAAAAAAAGGAUAUAAAUAUGACUUGUUAAGAAUAUUAUCUGAUCAGUGUCCCUUUAUGUUAUGGAUUUGGGGUUCCACAUUUCUAAUUUACUUUUGAAUUUCUAGCAAAAGAUGACGUUGGUUUUUGUCAAUUUAUCAUGAAUAUUGAUGAUGAGCAAUGAGGAUGAGUGAUUACUAAUAUCCUACAUACAUUUAAUAUUAUUGGGGC